CUGCAUUAUCCGAACCCGCGUAAUGUCCGCUAGACAUGUAGGCCGAACAGAUAUUUCAGCGAUCGGUAUUGCAGCAGAAGAGACGGAGGUGGAACGAGCCGCCAACCGACAGUUGCUACAAGAAGGUCGUCUUCUCCGUUCGAAGGAGCUUGAACGACUUCGUAAUGAGGAAGAAAACGGCUACGAUGGCCCCAGAGGCGCAUCAAACGGCAAUUCCCGCUUCAGCAGCCAGCGUUCAUCAGUUGAGCUCAGCUCAAGUGUCAGCUCAUUCGCGCGCACAGCGGAUGCACGAGACCUGCGGAUGCAACUGAACCAGUUGGAAGACAAAUUCAAGGGUGCAAUGAUGGUCAACGCGCAGCUUGACAACGAUACACAAGUUCUGCGUUAUGAAGUUGACCUCCUCAAGGAUAAACUGGACGAUAUGAUGGAGCUUAAUUCCUCACUUCAGAAGUCGUAUGCUGAGAAGAAGCGUGAUCUGGCGUACCAUCGACUUCAAAUCACAGAACUGACAAAUCGAUUGGAAUUUGCUCGGAAGCAAAUUGAAGCUCGUGAUGAGUUGAUCCAACAGCACAACCUAAUUCUCCUGGAUGCCAACGAAAUGAACGACCUUGCUCCCCCAACUGCCGCACUAGACACGACAGGUUCCGAGAACAAUUUACCCAUCGAUAAGAAGCGACCGAGCAAACAGGUCACCAACGGCCAUUCGGACCACCCAUCAAAACCCUUGGUCAAUGGGUUGCCGAAUGAGACUGGUCCCUGUAUCCCCUCGAUGGCACUAAUCGCGAAGACAACUGCCGAACUUUUACGCACACUGCCCGAAACCACACUCGAUUCUCAAAUUAACCACUUGUUCAAAGAACGUUCCGAUUUAUUGGCCCGCGUAGAAAGACUGGAAAGCGAACUUGAAGAGCAGCGGAAGGUUCCUGAAACAACUAGUCGUUUCUCCUCUCGAUCUCGACUUAGCACCUCUGACCAAGCAGACCUCAAGCAAGAUAUUCAAAACCUCCGUUCUCAAGCGCAAGAAUAUAAAUACAAGCUCCAAGAGGCCUUGCAAAAGAACGCGUCCCUGGAAAGCGAUAUUGUUCGUUUAGAAGGUCAGAUAAAACGAUACAAAACCAUUGCUGACAGCUGCGAGCAACAAGAGGCUGAUUUGAAGCAGGAUAGGCGGAAGUUCCAGAGAGAGCUAAGAGAAGUUCAGAGUCAGCUGGAGGACUACAAGUCUGAAAACGCCAGGUUGCAACGCAAACUGGAUAAGGCGCUACGAAAUCCGAAUAAUGCGACCGGUUCGGGAAUGUCGAGCUUACGCAGUACACGUGAAUCUUCCUCGCAACGAUAACGUUUAUCACCAGGUCGUUUUUAUCAUACCAGUCUAGCUAACCCACCAGCUCGUUGCCAAGCUGCUGUGUUCCUUGCUCCAGUUAUACCUCGACUCCUCCGACAUCUUUAGCAUCACAAACGCUGCUUUUUCGUCGACGAAUUCAACGACUACUCACUUUUUCGACUGGAACUACGGAGUAUAUGAACACCAGCCUGCGCUUUUUCAUACUUCCAUAUUCUUUUGCAUUCGUUCACUUGUACAUUCGUUUCUCCCCCGUUUUUCUCCCUCCCCCCCACACGAAUCCUGUUAAUUGAUCAUAACUUUGAUCUCAGUGCAACCAGUCUAACAAAUGCUGCAGGUGCAUGCAGUGCUUAAGCGGACAGAUUCAUGUGUACGCGGUUGUCAUAUAAUAUCACUUUCGUAUAAGUUCGUUGAUAGUUUUGUAACUUUGAUCUCAGUGCAACCAGUCUAACAAAUGCUGCAGGUGCAUGCAGUGCUUAAGCGGACAGAUUCAUGUGUACGCGGUUGUCAUAUAAUAUCACUUUCGUAUAAGUUCGUUGAUAGUUUUGGACAUUUGCACUGACUUCGUGUGGGAUAUCUUUCUAAUUACCCGUUCGCCUGUCAUGUACCCCUAGCCGUAGGGACAGCAUUCUGUGGUUGCUGAAUCCGGUGGAGCCAUCAAUGUACUUUCUUUUAUACCUUGUACACCAUAAGUCAGCACAAUGUACAGAAACCCGAUAAUUAUCCAUUGCCUAACCCUCGCCUCGCUAACUGAUCGCCUCAAUCCCCGCCUCUGCCAAGCGGCUAUGAACAAUCCAUCAUUUCCUGCUAUCCAGCCUUCACCCAAAAUCAUGUACUUCCUUAGUUCUCUCCUGUUCGCCGUGCCUCCGCGACUAUGUCGGUGUCUGUGCUCAUCAAACACAAGUUUCCGUCCGCUUCUCUGCCCUUAACUGUUCUCAAUUUGUCCAACUUCUCAACCAGUUGGCUUGUGUUCCUUGCUUAUUUGUUUCAUUUUAUCUUCCAGUUUUUCGACAAAUGUUUGUCAUACUCACGUAUGCUAUCCUCC